CCCAAAUUCACCUCACCGGCAUCCGUGGCGUCGCAGCCUCCUCCGCCCUCCCGCCAUCGUUAGAAAAAGAGGGGGAGAAAAAUUCACUUCGCUUGACCGUAGUCGCCGCGCCGCCGACGCAUCUCUAGCCUCUUCCACCGAAGCACGCCACCUCGAAUUCUUCUCGCACAGCCGUCGCCGCCCCCCCCCCCUCCUCCCUUCUACUGGUAUUGGAAGCGCAGAUCCAUCCGGGCUUGGACCGAUUCCUCUUUUUCUUGCCAAAGAAGCCCUACCUUGCUUGGAUGGAUCCCGUCCCUGGGUGCGUUGGAGGCCAGUGAUCGGAUUAGGACAAGGUGGGGAUCAAGGUUUCUGUCUAGGAAAGGGGAUGGGAGGUCUCUGCUCGAAGGUUUCAGCCGUAGGCAAGUCGCCGAGCGACACCACGCUUGGCCGGAACCAGGUUGUCGAUCAUGAGCCCGGGGCGCUCGAGGGGGAGAAGCCGCCAGCGUCCGGAGAAGCUGCGGCGGCGAAGCGGCUGGAAGAGCAACAGCAGUAUUCUUUCUCGUUCCUGGAGAGUGUCGUGCCUGGGCUUGCCUUUCAUGGUGGGGCUAGCGCCGGCGACGCGGUGUCUAGGACCUCGCCGCAGCUUGCCCGUUCGCUGUCACAGAAGGCUAACUUGGGCAAGGCGAAAGCUGGCGCUGCCAAGGUUUCGGAAGUGAGCUCAAUUUUUGGUAGAGCUAGCACUGUUGGGCUUGAGAAAGCAGUGGAGGUUCUAGACACACUAGGCAGUAGCAUGACAAGUUUAAAUGCUAGUAGCGCUUUUGUGUCAAGUGCUACAGCAAAGGAAAACAAAAUAUCUAUGUUGGCUUUUGAGGUGGCAAAUACCAUAGUUAAAGGCUCCAAUCUGAUGCGUUCUCUUUCGAAGACAAGCAUAAAGCAUUUGAAAGAAGUGGUGCUUCAUUCAGAAGGUGUUCAACACCUUAUAUCCAAAGAUAUGGAUGAAUUACUCAAGAUUGCAGCUGCUGACAAAAGGGAAGAGUUAGAAGUAUUCUCAAAAGAGGUUGUUCGCUUUGGAAAUCGUUGCAAGGAUCCUCAGUGGCACAACUUGGACCGCUAUUUUGAAAAGUUGGCAUCAGAACGAACACCGCAACAUCACCUGAAAGAAGAUGCAGAAACAGUAAUGAAGAAACUGAUCACUUGCGUUCAAUAUACAGUUGAGUUAUAUCAUGAAUUGCAUGCUUUGGAUAGAUUUGAACAUGAUUAUCAUCUUAAACUGAAAGAACAGGAUGCCUUGAGUUCAAGAGGAGAUGGUCUGCAUAUACUGAAGCAGGAAAUCAAGGGUCAGACUAAGCAUGUUAAAAGUUUGAAAAAGAGGUCACUUUGGUCCAAGAAUUUGGAAGAGGUGAUGGAAAAGCUCAUAGACAUUGUCCACUUCUUACAUUUGGAGAUAUAUAAUGCCUUUGGUCGUGCUGACAGUGAAGAGACACAAGAACCUGCUAAACACCAUAAUAGAUUGGGACCAGCAGGCCUUGCCUUGCAUUAUGCGAAUAUCAUCAAUCAGAUUGAUACUCUUGUUUCUCGAUCAAGUGCAAUCCCUCCCAACAUGAGGGAUACAUUAUACCAUGGUUUGCCACCUACCAUCAAAUCUGGUCUCCGUUCUAAGCUACAAUCUUUUGAACCCAAAGAAGAGCUUACAGUUUCUCAAAUCAAAGCUGAAAUGGAGAAAACUUUGCGAUGGCUUGUCCCUAUUGCAAAUAACACAACUAAGGCACAUCAUGGCUUCGGUUGGGUUGGAGAGUGGGCAAAUACAGGAUCUGAGUUUAAUUGCAAGUUAUCAGGGCAGAUGGAAUUGACCCAAAUCGAGACAUUAUAUCAUGCUGAGAAGGAAGAGACUGAAGCAGUUAUCUUUGAUCUUGUUGUGUGGCUUCAUCAUCUUAUCAGUAAAUCAAGAAAUGCCAAUGGAGGUGUAAGGUCUCCCAUAAAAUCUCCCGUCAGUUCACCAACACAAAAGGGUAUCGCAGUUACAUUGUUGCCAUGCAAAAUGAACAAUUCAUCACCAAUUCUCACACAAGAGGAUCAUGAUAUGCUAAGGGAUGUUAAAUACAGGAAAUUUAGCCCUGGAAUAAGCAAAAGCCAAGAGUUUGACACAAAGUCAAGGCACAACAAACAGAGUAGGUUGAGCAAGAGCAAUAGUCAUUCUCCAGCCAGUGGCAACAGGAAAGACUUGCUCUUUGUUAGGAGGUCUUCCAUGCUUCCUGUUAUUGACUUCGAGAUUGAUAGGACCAAAGCUUUGGAUCUAAUCGACAGGCUUGACGACCUAAAAUUACAGUGAGCAAUGAAACUAACUGGACAUAAACCUGAUGUUUAUGCAGUCGUCUGCAAUCUUGAAAUCCAUAGCCCCAGCAGUGAUGUAAAAAAAAUUAGCAUUUAUCUGCAGCAAGGCCGCCCGUCAGAGAUUCUGAGGUGAGGAACUAGCAGUAUGUCAAAAUGGAGCUGAGAGAAACUGGUGGUAGCUAAGAUUGUAUCAUAUAUCCUGUACCGAACAGAAUAGGAAUAAAGAUGUACAAAUUAUCUGCU